AUGGCACUGGUGAUAUUCCCAGUGGUAACCGAGAACUUGCCGCCAACGACACCGGCCGGCAAUAUUCCGGCAGCCGUGACGGUGGGGCAAAAGCCGUCGGGUUUGUCAUCAGAGUUCACAACUCCGGCAGUCAGCUUUAACACUGAAGGUCCAAGAGCACACUCUUUUGGCUCUGGUCACCAUCGAUAUGGAGGGGAGAGGAUUACAUUCGUCCUGAUGACGAAGUCUCUGAAAUUCCGGAAUACGGUAAGUGAAGGCUCUGGCCUUGUUACUGUCAAAAUUCAUCACAGUGGGGGUUUCAUGACAAACAAGACUGGAAAACUUGUUUGCUUUCAAGUGGAGGUGGACUACUUUGAUGAAGUUAAGUCUGAGGACCUUAAGCUUGAAGAGGUUAACUCAUUUAUAGAUCAUAUUGGAUUCUGCAGGCCUCCCAAGCUAUUCUAUGUAGACCCUAAUGUUGCAGAAUUUGAUGGCUUUAGAAGGUUAAAUUCAGAUCAAGAUUUGAAAUCACUGAUGGAAAUCACAUCUGCAGAGAAGGGUAAGGCUGUUGUUAUCUACAGGAUAGGUGUCAAUGAAUAUGAUCCAUUACCAGGACCAAAACCCAAACGUCCAGCAUAUUUAGAUGAAGGUGAAGAGAGUGAUGCAUAUGAUGAAGAUUAUGAUCCAGAGAGUUAUUAUAGCUUGUCUGAUUCUGAUGAUGAAAGCAGUUGCAAAUAUGCCAAUGAGUCCAUGCGUACUUCCUGCUGGGCAAGUUUGAGGAAGCCAUCUGAGUUUGUACCUUCUACACAUGUACCUGAGACUGGAGAUUCAGAAUCUGACCAGGCUUCUUGUGAUGAAUUGCAUGAAGUAAAAGGUUCUGAUGAUGAGGAGGACCAAGUAGAAGUUAAAACGUAUAGAGAGUUUAACCCUAAGAAGGAGAUGCAUAACCCAACCUUCGAAGUCACAGUCUCAAAAGAGGAUCCAACAUUUGAGAUCAGAACUCUUAAUGAUAAACAUACUUGUGACAAGAUUUGGGAGAAGAAUAGGAACUGUAACUCCAACAUCGUUUCAGACUGGUAUCUUGCUGAUUUUGCACACGAUCCAAGAAUGAGUGUGGGAACUCUGCAAUUUAGAGUUCUCAAUGAGAAGAAGAUUACUAUUUCUAGAACACAAGCUUACAAGGCCAAGAUAAAGGCUCUCGAAAAGGGCUUGUUGCCAGCUGUUAAGUCUAAACUUCCAGCAGUUUCACACAGGCAUUGUGUGCAUCAUUUGUGGUCAAACUUCAAACAGGAGCACCCUGGACUUCUUCCGAAACAAAAACUUUUUGAAAUAGUGAAAUCAAGUUAUGUAGAUGAGCAUGAGGAGCUGAUGGCAGCUCUAAAAGAUCAUGAUGAAGUUGCUUGGAGAAAGUUUUGGAGAAAGCGUGAUGGUCCACAACUGCAACAACCAGAAUUCAAGCAUAAGAUUGGUAGACCCAAAGGUAGCAGGUUCGAGGAUAAAGAUGAACCUGUGAGAAGGAACAAGAGAGGAUCCAUUAAAGCAAGUCGAAAGAAGGGUAAAGGUGUUAACAAAUGCAGCAACUGUAACGUGACUGGCCAUAUAAGGAGACGCUGUCCGGAUCUACUUAAACAAUCAAAUCAGGGCCAAGGAACUAUUGCUGAUACCAAUCCACCCAUACCGAAGAGGAAAGGGAGACCCCCAAAGAAAAAUCCACACAAUCUGGUGGAUGAAGACAUAAGCCCACCUGUUGGGGAAGGAGAUACCAACAAUCCUCAGCCGGCACAACAAAAAAGGAGGGGUAGGCCACCAACAACACACUCAAAAUGUAAGCAAUGCAAGCAAAUGGGACAUACCAAGUCCAUAUGUCUAGAACUGGCAAGAAAGAGAUCGAAAGAAGCCGUUGGUGUUGAUAUUUUUGAGCAAAAUACAAGUGUGGUGCAAUGUGACCAUUGCCGCUUGCUUAACCACACAAUCGCAGAUUGUCCAGUUCGUGAUGCUGAAAACUGGCUUCAUGAUGAUGAGGUCUUGGAAGAGAUUUUCAAUACCUCUGGUGCACCAGAUAAUUAUAUACCUUGUGGAUAUUCAUCACUUGAUGAUGGAUACAUGCAUGAGGGAUGUCGUCGUUGCAGAAGCAAUACUCAUGAUGAUUACAACUGUCCCACUCUUGAUUUCAAAUGUGACAACUGUAAUUACUUUGGACAUCUCAGAAACAAUUGCCCUUUAUCAGAGGAGGAACUGGCUUCAACAUUUCGUCCAUCUAGUUCUGCUGACCCAGCUGCACCUUCCAUUGUUAAAAAUCAUGAUGUGGCAGAACCAAACAAUACAGAUGACAGUUUGUCAAGCAAUCAGCAGCAUCACCAAAAUAUGGACCAGUUGGAACAGGAUUCCAAUCAAACUCCAAGUGCUGAUGAAAGGUCCCCUGAGCCAGAAGCAACAAUAAGAAAUGUGACAUUGUCGGGCAAUCUUGAUGAUCAUGAAGCAGAUGUUGUAAUUCUCCCUACUGCCAUAACCUCACCGGCUGCCAACAAAGCCAUCAAAAACCGCAAAAAAUCAGCCCCUUCCACACCAAAGAGAAAAAGUGCAAGGCUAGCUGUUGUUAAGGUACGGUUUGAUGCCGAUGGUCAUGGCAGUAGUCCUGAAAAGGCAAUUCAGAUCUUAGGUGAGGAAGCUGUGGAAACAUCCGUCGGGAGGAAAAGGGCCAAAACCUUCCACGGUGCAAAUCCUAGCAAAAGUACUUUAUUCACUCAUUGCAUCUAA